UCCUUGAUUGACAUCACCCUAACUCUCCUCAUGUGGAGUUACAUUUGGAAUAUGAUGUAACUGCUUAGUGCAACAGCUUACUCGUGCUUGAAACUUUUUCCUUGUUAUUCUUCGUUCUGAUAAUCUGAACGUGCACCUUCUAAGUAGUACCAGUUGUCUUAAAUUAUGGGUCGUCGCAAAAAGGCCAACAAACCUCCACCAAAGCGUAAGAUAAUUGAGCCCCUUGAGACUAUGUUCAACUGCCCUUUCUGUAACCACGAAAAAUCAUGUGAAGUCAAACUUGAUCGUACUAGAAACACUGGAAUGAUAACAUGCAAUGUCUGCCUUGAGGAUUUUCAAACAAGCAUAAAUUACCUAUCAGAACCAGUUGAUGUCUACAGUGACUGGAUAGAUGCUUGUGAGGCAGCCAACCAAUAGCAUCUGUUUUUGCUCAGUCAGGAGUACUGAGUACACAGCCAUAACAUGAUAAUAUGUGACAGGAGGAGACCACUAUUGUGGUCAAGCUAGCAACGUCCUGACCGUAAAUUGAGUCGGCAACAGAAUUGGAAGGCCAUUUGAAGCUGUGCUAGUCAAAGCCACAAAGAAAGCAACAACUAACUGAUGGCCAUUCUUUUUUCAGAAUUAGAUCUAACCAAGACUGAUGCUAAAAAUGUUAAAACAUUUUAAUCUGGAACUUCAUUUUAUUUGUAAAUUUCUAAUGCAGUUAUUGCAGUUUCUUGGCAGUUUUAAAUAAAGGCCAGCUGACUUCCAUUUCUUCCCCCUGUAUUUGUUUUUGACUAGUCUGAUGUAAAAGUUUACUUCCUUUCAUGUAGACUGUGCAAGAUUAUGCCAUAAAUAGCUCUUCCCAGUCUGUCUUAAGCCUAACUUCAGCAUUUCCCGAACUAUCAAAUAUUCAUGAGAACAUUUGAAGAGCAUAGAGACAGUUAUAUUGAAUUUCAGACUCAUUCUGAAGAAAAUCACUUGAUUUUUUUCCCCAUUGUUUGGUGGUUUGUGCAUUUCCUCAAAAAUUAUGUUAAUCUCAAAUGCUUAAUUAGUCUCUCACAGAUCAAGGGCAUUAGGAAAGGUCAAUGGUGAGUGGAUGUUGGGUUCAUUUGUUGUCAAGAACUAAAAACAUUUAAUCUUCUUCUAGUUUCUUUUCACCUCCCAGUGGUGCAGAGGGCCGCUAAGAACCUUUUAUCACUUGUGUUUUAUGUUCAACCACUUCUCUUCGUUAACUUUUUAAAUGUAAUAAAUUUCGAUGGGCCUUGAAUGUCGAAUGCUUUGCCAUUCUGAAAUUUUCUAAGGAGUGAAAUUAAGUAAACAUAACAUUAAUUAUUGUUUUUCUGUUGCUGUACUGAAGUAAUAGUUUAGUGCAUACUUGGAAAGUUUGAAAAAUUAAGAUGAUUAACAAUUAUUCUAUAUAUUUUUUUUAAAUCUCUGUGGCAAAUAUAGCUGGUUGUGACAUUUAGGGUCUCACAAAAAGUGCAGAAUAUGACAGCUUUAUAAAAUGGCUUAAAACGAAAUCCUAACCUUGCAAGAUGUAUUUAUACAGGCCUACUCUAAAUCAUGUGGUUACAAAAUCUAUCAUUUGUAUGCGUCUAACAAAGUUAAUGUACAGUAGAUACUGAUAGAAAUGCUCAUUAGCAAUACAUAGAUGUAAAGAAUGAGUUUUCCUGGAAAGAAAUAUCCAGUCUGGCUUGUGCUACCCUCAGUUUUAAUUACAAGGUUUGCUCUUUUGUCAGGCUGAAUUUACAGUUUAUGAAAUCUUAAAGUCAAUACUUGUGAUUAAAGUAUUUCAAGCAGCUGAAGUAACCUAGUAUCUGCAGUAUGGAGAAUCAUUGUAAGUGAUUAAAUUUAACUGUGGUAGCUUCAAUCGUUUCUUAAGUAUUUUCUGUGACACACAAGUGUUAGAAAAAAAAAAGUACAUGAAACAUUCCAUUCUUAUGGUUCACAAAUAACCAAAGACUUUGGAUGCCACCCCAGUUUCCAUCAAUCAUAGCAUUCAUUUUUUUAUGCUUAGUAACAUGUAGCAUGGGACCUUUUCUCUGAAACUCACUGUUUUAAAUUGAUGUUUGUUGGUAGUUACAUAAAAGUGUGUUUUCUUAGAAAGACAUUCUAAAGCAACUUCAGUGCUACUACCUUUAACAACAAAAAUGUUUUUUUGAAGCAAGGUGCCUGAUGACUUCAUAGUGUUGUUUGGUGGUCAAACCUGUUAGUGCCAAACAGACAACAGCAUUUUAUCGGUGCUUCAUGUCCAAUAUGUCUUGCAACCACACUUUGGUGUGAUUUCUAUUUUGGAACCAGCAUCUUGUAGAGACAAAUGAUUGUGCAGAUGUUUUCAGAAGACUUACAAAUAAACUAAACUUGCAUUAUG